AUGCCACCCGCUUCGGUUCUCGAGUCGUUUAUUCGACGUCCGCAGCGCCUCAUCUUCCUCAUCACAGCCUUCCUCCUUCUCCUCUCCUUCUCAACAUGGCUGUCUCUCUCGCCCACCGCAACGGACAGGGUGCGAACCCAAUGGCAGUCACUACCCAGGCCGUGGCAGCAGAGCGGCGCAGGACAGAGGCUGCCCUCUGACGUGACCUCGUCUGUCGAGGACAUGUACAGCUUCGGCCCCAAGGUACCGACGACGCCACAGGAGAUGCUGAACUUUGGUCAUCAGGGAAGCGAUGGCAACGUCUACCCGCCCGAGUUCGUUCCGCAGAAGGCGAACAAGGCUCCCCGCGCCAAAGCCGGCUUCAUCGUCCUCGUCCGUAACUCAGAGCUCGGCAGCAUGCGCGAAGCCAUGCGCGACGUCGAAGAGAAGUUCAAUCGCAAGUACGGCUAUCCUUGGAUUUUCCUCAACAAUGAGCCCUUCACUGAAGACUUCAAGAAGGGCGUCCGCCAGAUGACGCGCUCCGAGACGCGCUUUGGCUUCGUCGAGAAGGAGCACUGGGGCUACCCCGAGUGGAUCGACCAGAAUCGCGCCGCCCAGACUCGCAAGACGAUGAAGGACAAGGGAAUCAUCUACGGCGAUUCCGAGUCGUACCGUCACAUGUGUCGCUACCAGUCUGGCUUCUUCUGGCGUCACCCCCUCACUAUGGACCUCGAGUAUUACUGGCGUGUCGAGCCCGGAAUCAAGCUCUACUGCGACAUCGACUAUGACCCUUUCUUGUUCAUGCAGAUGAAUAACAAGACGUACGGCUUCACCAUGGCCCUCCAUGAGUACUUGGACACGAUCCCCACGCUCUGGCAGACGACGCACGACUUUGUCAAACUGAACCCGCAGUACGUUGCCAAGGACAAUGGCCUGCACUUCAUGACCGACGAGCCUGAGCGCGGAAUGGACCCAGGGUACAACCUGUGCCACUUCUGGUCCAACUUCGAGAUCGGAGAUCUGCGCUUCUGGCGCUCUGAAGCCUACACAAAGUACUUUGAUUACCUGGACAAGGCAGGAGGCUUCUUCUACGAGCGAUGGGGCGAUGCGCCCGUACACUCGAUUGCUGCCGUCCUCUUCCUGGACAGGAGUCGCCUGCACCACUUCGACGAUAUUGGCUACUUCCACAAUCCGUGGGGCCACUGUCCGACGAACAAGGAAAAGUACCACGACACGGGAAGGUGCAACUGUGACCCAGCAAAGAGCUUUGACCGUGAGGGGUACUCGUGCCUAAAGGAGGCGUGGAGGACCCUCAAGGAGGGUGAGCCCAAGUGA